GUUCCCCGGAGGAUGGAGCCGGCGUCGGUGAGGACGAAAGUCCCCUCCUUCCUGUCCGACCUGGGGAAGGCCACGCUCCGGGGUAUCCGGAAAUGUCCCCGCUGCGGCACUUACAACGGCACCCGAGGCCUGAGCUGCAAGAACAAGAACUGCGGGACCGUCUUCCGCUACGGCACGCGCAAGCAGCCCGGCGUCGACGCCGUCAAGAUCAUCACCGGCUCCGACUUACAGGUUUAUUCGGUGCGGCAGAGGGACCGGGGACCGGAUUACCGGUGCUUCGUGGAGCUGGGGGUCUCGGAGACGGCCAUCCAGACGGUAGACGGGACCAUCAUCACGCAGCUCAGCUCCGGCCGCUGCUACGUGCCUUCGUGUCUGAAAGCGGCCACGCAAGGCGUGGUGGAGAACCAGUGCCAGCACGUCAAACUGGCCCUGAACUGCCAGACCGAGGCGACCCCCCUCACCCUGAAAAGCUCGGUGCUCAACUCCAUGCAGGCUUCGCCCGAAACCAAACAAACCAUAUGGCAGCUGGCGACCGAGCCCACGGGACCGCUGGUGCAGCGGAUCACCAAGAACGUCCUGGUGGUGAAGUGCAAGGCCAGCCAGAAGCACAGCCUCGGCUACCUGCACGCCUCCUUCGCCCAGAAAAUGAGCGCCAAGACGCUGACGGACCACAGGUUCUCCUGCUCCUGCCAGGCUCUGAAGCCCGGCAAGGGCGGCCCGGCCGAGGAGGAGGCGCCGGCACCGCCGCGCUGCAUUCACUUCUUCGCCUGCAUCUGCGCCUUCGCCAGCGACGAGAGCCUGGCGCAGGAGUUCGCCGACUUCCUCGCCUACGACUCCGGCGGUCUGAAAGGGAUGGCGGUCCCGCAGUUGGUGAGCGGCCCCGAUUCCACGGUGCGGGCUGGGGAGGCGGCUGCUGCGAAGCCCAAGAAGAGGAAAAAGGACGCGACGCCCGGGACGCAGGCGACCAGCCCUCUCCUGGCUCAAGACCCGGCUCACAGCAACCCCAGGAGAAGCAGCCUGAAGAAGCCGGCCGUCGCCUCCUCGCUGAAAAGACACGGCUGUACCCAGCUGCUGGACGAGUCACAGGUGACCCUCUCCUUCCAGGACUGGCUGGCCAGCGUCACCGAACGCAUCCAUCAAACCAUGCAUUACCAGUUUGAGGGCAAGCCCGAGCCGCUGGUGUUCCACAUCCCUCAGGCUUUCUUUGAUGCGCUGCAGCAGAGGAUCUCCAGCGGGAGCACAAAGAAGAGGCUGCCCAACUCCACUACAGCUUUUGUCCGCAAGGACGCCCUUCCCCUGGGCACCUUCUCCAAGUACACGUGGCACAUCACCAACGUCCUGCAGGUCAAGCAGAUCUUUGAUACGCCCGAGCUGCCGCUGGAGAUCACACGCAGCUUCAUCCAGAACCGGGACGGGACCUACGAGCUCUUCAGGUGCCCCAAGGUGGAGGUGGAGAGCAUCGCCGAGGCCUACGGGCACCUGGAGAAGCAGCCAGCCAUCCGGCCCCUGGAGCUCAAGACCUUCCUCAAAGUGGGAAACACCUCCCCCACGCAGAAGGAGCCCACCCCCUUCAUCAUCGAGUGGAUCCCCAACAUCCUCCCCCAGUCCCGCAUCGGCGAGCUCCGCAUCAAGUUCCAGUACGGCCACCACGGCGGCCCCCAGCCCGGCGCCGACCACCGGCCCCCCGCCGCCGUCGAGCCGCCGCUGGAGCUCACCCCGCUCACCACCAUCACCUUCCCCUGAGACCCCCGGGGGGGGCACAGCACCCACC